ACCAUGAAUUCCUGCUCCUUCACUAUCUUCAUCUUUCCUGCCAUUAUCUUUCUCCUUUGUUUGAGUUCGACAAGAGCAGCCACUUGUCAUCCUGAUGAUGAAGCGGGUCUUUUAGCUUUCAAAUCGGGUAUAACCCGAGAUCCUUUGGGCCUUCUCAGCUCUUGGAAGAAAGGAACUAACUGCUGCUCUUGGUUUGGUGUAACUUGCAUCACUGGCGACCGUGUCACCGGACUGUUGGUAUCGGGAGGAGAUACCUCUCUUGGCCGAGGCUAUCUAUGGGGAAAUAUCUCACCGUCGCUUGCCAAACUUAAACACCUCGAGGACGUUUCAUUCACAUAUCUUAGGAUCAGUGGAUCUUUUCCCCAAUUCCUUUUCCACUUACCAAAGCUAAACGCAAUUUAUAUCUCCAACACUAGUCUAUCUGGUCCCCUUCCUGCCAACAUCGGUGCACUAAGAAACGUUACAAAUCUCACUCUUGAUAAUAAUCUGUUCACCGGUCCGAUCCCGAGUUCAAUAUCCAAUCUGACUCGCUUAACUUGGCUCAGUUUAGCCGGUAACCACUUCUUUGGCACCGUCCCAAAUAUUUUCAAAUCCAUGACAAAGCUCACAGGUCUCGAUCUCUCCCGUAAUGGAUUCUCCGGGAGCCUUCCUACGUCCAUUGCAUCGCUUGCACAGACUCUCACGUUCCUUUAUCUGAGCCAGAACAAUCUCUCAGGGAUGAUCCCUAGCUAUAUAUCGAGAUUCAAGUCGCUCUCCACAUUGGAUCUCUCCAUGAAUCGGUUCUCUGGAGUCGUGCCAAUGAGUUUCGCCAACAUGACCAGUUUUUACCAUUUCAGAAUAUCCCACAAUGAUCUCACCGGUCCAUUCCCUGCCCUGAAGUUCGUUGAUGGCAUCGGCUCUCUUGAUCUGUCAUACAACAAGUUUCAGCUGAAAACGAUUCCUAAGUGGAUUUCCUCGCCUGAAAUAUAUAGUUUGAAGCUGGUUAAAUGUGGGAUCAAGAUGAGCCUAGACGAUUGGAGGCCAAAGAGAAUCAAAUCCCUUUAUUACAUCAUUCUAUCUGAGAACGAGAUCUCAGGGAGUCCAGCAUGGUUCUUAAACCAGGCAGAGGAUCUGCUAGAGUUCAUUGCGUCGGGGAACAAACUACGCUUCGAUUUGGGGAAGCUAAACUUCACCAAGUCGCUGAGAGUCUUGGAUCUGUCAAGGAACUUGGUAUUCGGGAAGGUGUCGGCGAAGGUGGCUGGAGUGAAAAAACUAAACUUGAGUCGAAACCAUCUUUGUGGAAAGCUUCCGGUGACAAAGUUACCGGCCAGUGUGUUCGCCAACAACGACUGUCUGUGCGGCUCUCCACUUCCUCCUUGUAAAACUUAGCGGCAAGGAAACUAUGAAUUUGGUUUGGAUUUGUAGGUCCAAAUUAGAUUUCUAUUAAUAAAAACAAGUUAAUCAA